AUGAAUGCUAAGAAACGAGAUGGCGUACAGUCUCUCCCGCUGGAGUUCAACUCGUAUGCGGAGACAGUGAUUUCGAUGCUGCGGGACAGGAGGAGCUCCGGCCUGACGGACGCCAAGUUGCUGAAGCACCUCCAGAACGUGUGCAUCGUGUACGCGUGUUUGACGGUCAAGCGCAACGCCGGGAUUGUCUCCACACAGGCCAAGCACGCGGCAGCGGCGAAGGGGUACAAGGACAUCGCUGUCCUUGGCUUCUUCAAGUGGCUCAAGGAAAACUUGGAGGCGGAUCAAUACUUCUCGCAGCCGUGGCUCACGUUCGAGGUUAUGGGAAGGACGUCGAUGAGCGGAGACGCGGUCCUCUUCACCCACGGCAAAAAAUUGUGGAAGCGGUUCGACAACAUCAUGCGCGCCUUGAAGAAGUUCUACAACCCCGUGUGGGACAGUUUCGUCGAAGGACAACCUGGGGACCAACUACCGUCGGGCAGCCAAGACGAAGAUGCCAUCGAGUACCUUCUAAACGGAGUUUACCACACGAUAUCCAAUACCGGAAACGAAGAGAACCCGAUCGAAUUGGAAGAGAGGCGUGGCGGUGAGGGGGGGGAUUCGGAGGACGAAUCUGGGGAGCCGUCACCGGGGAGAGCGAGGACGGCGGGAGUGGGAAGCAGAAGACCACGGAGGGAGCAGUAG